GCAGUUUGCGCACACUCUCGCUGCAGGAAUGAGCGCUUCGAUACGGCUUUGUUGUGGAUUUACUGAACGAAAAGCAAUGUUUUAAAGAGUGAUCUGUUGUUUUAAAGUGAGAAUCUGUCGGUAGAGUUUCCAAGAUGACUCUCCCGCCGCGGUUUAUCCAGCUGUCCUCCGCGUCCCUCGCUGUGGUCUUAGCCCGGGACGAGGAGAGCUCCCACCUCGGCACCGAAGUCAGCGCCAACACCGGGCAGGAGAUAUUCGCGGAGUUCAAAGCGCAGAAUUCCCGCAGUUUUUGGAAUAAGAGACUGGUGAAAGCCGUGGCCGAGGUGCACUUCCAGGGAUGGAUGGAAAACCUGGUGUUGUUCAUUCAGGGCAACGCCAAUAACCUGGAGGUGGUGAGGGAAGCGUGGAUGCGCCGCGCUCUGAGGUCUCCAAAGGGGUUCGUUAUCAAAGCUGUGGGUGAUCUGUCCCCAGUGCAGAUGUCCCCCGUACCUCAGUCCCAGUUCAUUCCUUUGGCCGAAGUGCUGUGCUCCGUCAUCUCUGACAUGAACUCCAACCAAAUCACUGUGAACCAAGACGCACUCAUUAAUUAUAUGAGCAAGGCCCAUCCAGGAAUUACUAUACCAACUCAGGACAUCCUCUACAACGCGCUGGGCAAUCUGAUAAAGGAGCGCAAGAUCUACCACACUGGAGAAGGCUAUUUCAUCGUCACUCCACAAACCUACUUCAUCACCAACAACAUGGUCCGGGAGAAGAACUGGUGGCCCACUGGUUCAGCUGACGACCCCCCAUCACCUCCCCCUAUAACUUACCUUUUGAGUAAUGAUGUCUGCAUGGAGACUACCCAUACGCCACCGCUGGCACACUGCAAGUCAUGUAGCUGCUUUACCCCUUUACCACUGGUUAAUAACAUCACCUCUACACCAGCAACAGGCACACUUCAAUCUUCCACUGUACCAGACCAACAUUCAGUAUCAGUGUCUGUCAGUGAAUGCACAGGCAAAAGCUUAAAAUGGCCACGUCCACUGGAUCUCAAACCCACCGUUCAGCACCAAUCUACCUCCACGGCUGCAGAUUGUCAAGCUAGCGAGGUUAGCAAAAACACAGUAACUACAAAUGCUACAAGCCGCAAAGAUAAAGACAUCAAACCACCAAGGAAAUUUGGUCUGAGUUUGUUCAGAAGAAAUGUAAACAAGAAGGACAAACCAAAGAAAGAGUAUGUUACUUUUUCAGGACAGUUUCCCCCAGAGGAGUGGCCAGUUCGUGAUGAAGAUGACCUCAACAAUCUGCCUCGCGACCUAGAGCAUGCCAUCAUCAAAAGAAUCAACCCUGAGCUCACUGUGGACAAUCUGACUCGUCACACUGUUCUGAUGAAGAAGAUGGAGGAGAGACGGGAGAGGGGAUUUGAACACGGUGUGGACAGAGCUCUCGACAAAGAUGAUAAACUGGUUGAUAAGGGAAUGUCGACUGAGAUGCUGUCCGUCUCCAGGCCAAGGCAUCAUCAUUCAGCUAAGGCAUCUGGAGGAAGGCGGUCGGCCCCCAAAGCUACUCGCAGCAGGAGGAGGGCACAUUCUUCCAGAGAAAAGAGGGAGAAGGACAGGGAGAGGGUGAGGAAUAAGGUGGCCAUGUGUGCAGAUGAGUUGCCAGAGGGGGAAGAUUUGAUCCCGACUCGCCUCAGAGUGGAAAUCCCAGUGGAUCAGCCAGAUCAGCCAGAAGAGGGCGUGACCGGUGAGGGGAAAUCUCUUUAUAAAAAACGCAUUGACAAUCCCUUCCAAGUGGGGUUUAACAAUGACCCCUCAGAGGUGGAAACUCCCCCCACCACAAGCAGGGAGCACAGGAGACGAGAGGGCAAAGAGGGCAAGGCCUCAGGACAAGGGAGGAAAGAGCGUUUAAGCUACCGGUCCAAAUCUUGGGACCCACAUCGAGCUAAAAUCGCUUUUGCAGAAGAGGAGCAAAUAGGAAGAUCGCCAAAUUCCGAGGACAGAUACAGCUGUCCUCAAGGCAAGGACCUUCAAAUAGACUUGAAACCUACCAAGGAGCUGCCACUGGACUACAGUCCAGCCUAUCCUCAGAGUAGCACCCUUAGAAUAGAAGACAAGGUCCGUCACCAGAGGGAAUCAAAGGAGACUUGGGAAAAGGAUGAUUACAAAGAAAUACCAACCCUAAACCAAGAUAAGUCAAAUUAUUUUGAUCCAGGGUCCUUGCAUGAUUUACCAAUUUCAAACACCACUUUGCGUAGAAAGCACUCCCUCAGAACUGCAAAACCACACGAUGGUGAACUUUGGAAAACUGGUAAUUUAGUGUCUCAAGGUCAACCUUGUGAGACACCUUUAAGUACCAGUAAAACAGACCAAAAGGCCAGUGCAAAGUUAGAGUACAAGGCUGGACAUAUGGAAAAGCUAGAGUCCAUUGAUGAUAAUGCUGUGGCCACAGAUGCUAGUAGCUUUUUUGAAGAUGAUUUGAGGCUUUAUGAAAAAGCGGAUGAAAAGGAUGAAGAGGAUGCUUGUAGUUCAUUGUGUCUUAAUGAAGAAGAGGUUUCUGAUUCUUUGAAGGUAUACCAGGCAUCUAUACCCCACUACCAUGACCCACAACUAGAUUAUAAUAACAAAUUGGAUUUAAGAUAUCAGGGAUCUCACAGCCGCUACUAUAAUUCUUACAUUCAACAUGCCCCUUUGGUCCAGGAAGGUUCAGAAAAUACUUAUAAAGCUACUGCUGAAUCAGAGGACACAGUAUGGAGAAAUAACAAUCAUCGGCAAAUGACUAGAUCUCCUCACAGUGGACCAAGUCCAAGGCACAGAAUGAGAGAAGAGCAACACAGUGAAGCUAGUCUGAACCUGGAUUGUCCAGAUACUCCUGAGGUUGCAGACUGCAGUAUCUUUGACUACUGCCAAACCAGUGAGGUGGAGUCAGAUUCAGAGACUGUCCGCAAGUCCACAGACGACGGUGAUGGUGAAUCUGCUCAAUGGGCUGUUGACAUGGAGGGACAAAAGGAUCAUUUCGAGGUUCCUGAUGAAAGAGAACAGCUUUCCACUCACAAAAGUGGGCUGAGUGUGCCCAGUGGAGCCAUGGCCAAGGCGGGUGAACCAGCAGAAAUGGUGGAGAACCAGAGCAUGACAGGAGACAGUGGAAUUGACUCUCCCCGAACUCGAGUCAGUCUGGCCUCAAACAACACCGUGAUAUUGGAAGGUCUGAAGAGAAGAGGAUUUCUACAAAAUUUAGAAAAACUUCACACCAAAAGCAACAGCAUCCGACCACAGAGCUCACUCCUGCAGCUCACGCCGGUCAUGAAUGUAUAGCAAGUGUUUAGAUAAUGCAGCCAUUAUAAUGUCCUAUGCACAGGCUGUGUCCAGAACUCCAACAUUGUUGUUCAUGUAUAAUUUGUAUGUAUCUUCUGUAAAUUGUAAUUUUUGUCAGGGAAUAUACCAUACCUAUUUUUUCCUUUAUGAAUCCACAUUGUGAAUGCAUGGCUGGUUAACAGCAAAUAUUGUCAAAUAUAAUG